AAAGUCAGAGCUGCUGAGGGUGGCUCGUCCCAGUGACCCGCUGAGGUCCUGCAGCCACUGGGACAGAAGGAAGGAGGAAGGAUGGCCUGAGCCGAGGAGCAGGGGCAGAGCUCAGGUUGGCAGGAGGUCAGGCUGCCUCAUCAGGCUGGAGGUAAGGGGUGGGGCGGGGCCUGAGAUCAGGCCUGGAAGGAACAGGAUGUCUGUGCUGGAGAGGGAGGGAGAGGACAGUGCCAAAAACCCAGGUUCUGGGCCAUCCUGGCUCCUCCCCCAGUGGCCCUGUCCCAGGAGCCCCUCCCUAUCCUCCCAGCUGCAAGUCCACCCUGGGGCCCGGAUACUAGAUCCCUUAGCAAUGAGGGUGGUCCGUGGCCUGGAUCCCUUGCCCUGCCUUCUCCUCCUUGUAUUCCUGGACCCCCACAGCCCCGAGGGGGGCCAUCUGCCUCAGCGAAGAUUUGAGUACAAGCUCAGCUUCAAAGGACCAAGGCUGGCAUUGCCUGGGGUUGGAAUACCCUUCUGGAGCCAUCACGGAGAUGCCAUCCCGGGCCUGGAGGAAGUACGGCUGGCCCCAUCCAUGCGGAACCGGAGUGGCGCCGUGUGGAGUACAACCCCCAUCCUCUUCCCUGCCUGGGAGGUGGAGAUACAGAUGAGGGUGACCGGGCCGGGGCGCCGGGGAGCCCAGGGCAUGGCCGUGUGGUACACCCAGGGCAGGGGCCAGGUAGGCCCUGUCCUGGGGGCGCCGGACUUGGGGAACGGCAUUGGGAUCCUCUUCGACUCCUCAGCCCAAGAUCCCCAGAACAGCCCUGCCAUCCAUGUGCUGGCCAGAGAUGGGCACACCCCCUACGAGCCUCUUGGGGAUGGAGGCAGCCUGGUGCUGGGCUCCUGCCGCCAGGACUUCCGGAACCGGCCGUACCCCUUCAGAGCACGGAUCACCUACUGGGGGCAGAGGCUGCGUGUGUCUUUGAACAGCGGCCUCACUCCCAGCGACCCAGAUGAGGUCUGUGUCGAUGUGGGGCCCCUGCUUUUGGCCCCUGGAGGUUUCUUUGGGGUCUCUGCGGCCACGAGCAUCCUGGCAGAUGACCAUGACGUCCUGUCCUUCCUGACCUUCAGUCUGCGUGAGCCGGGUCCAGAGCCUCCCUCACAGCCCUUCUUGGAGACAGAGCAGCUCCGCCUGGAGAAGCAGCUGGAAGGGCUGCGGGCAAGGCUGGGCCUGGGCACCAAGGAAGACAUGACUCCAAAGCUGAACUAUGGAGUCCAGGAAGAGGGGGAACAAAGCUUCGGCCUGGAGGAGAAACUGCACAGACACAGGCAGAUCCUGCAGACCCUCCAGGGUCUCUCCAAGCACUUGGCACAGGCUGAGCAGCAAUGGAAACAGCAGCUGGGGUCCCCAGGCCAGAUCAGGCCUGAGGGAGGAUGGGCCCAGGAUUCCCCCUGCCAGGCUCCACCCACCCCUGAGAGAGGUGGCUACCUCUCCAGGUCACUGGGCAAGAAGGACUCAGCCAAGGUCAGUGCCCUACUCCGUGGACAGCAAAACCUGCUGCAAAACCUGCAAGAGAUGAGGGAUGCAGCUGCUCACAUGGCCUCAAGGGCCCAGGUCUUCUACCUGCCCGUGGGCACCAAGCAUCAUUUCUCAGAGCUGGCCCAGAUCCUGAGCCUCCUGCAGAAGGACCUGCGGGGCCCAGCGAGAGCAGCAGCCAAGGGCCCUCGCUCACCUGGCAGGUCCCCAAGGGUUUCCUCGUGCCUGCAGCCUGGCAUCUUCCUGUUCUUCCUCCUCAUCCAGACUGUAGGCUUCUUCUGCUAUGUACACUUCAGCAAGCAGAAGCUGGACAAGGGCCUUCAGGACUAUUUGUCCACAUGCAGCCUUCCUCUGAGUUCUACACCACAAAUCCCUAGGGCCCUCGGGGCUCUGCGGAGGCAGCCCUUCUCCCCCAGCAUACAGGCGUGACCUACUUCGAAGCCCUGAUGAAAUGUCCACUUCCCAUCACUAGGAAGUCAACAUGUACCUGGGGGUAGAGGGCUUGGCCGGUGUCUUCCGCCUCUGGGUGCCCAGCGCCUACCCACACCUUAGCUUUUGGGGACAUCCACGCUUAUUAAAGGCAAUUUCCCUCU